CCCUCAGCACCCUCUGGCCGACUUCGCGAAGGCUAGGGCUUGAGCAGACGAAGCACCGUGCGCAGGCGCGGAGUUAGACCUCGCCGUAGCCCCCAUCGCCUCGGGGAGUCGCAUCCAUAGUGGGUCCGCUGGUCCAUUGAGGCGCUUUCCCUCCUCUACCCUCCCGGGUUCCCCGCGCGCCCUACGCGCCCCGAUGGCGGAGCUGCGGCCUAGCGUCGCCCCCGGCCCCGCCGCGCCCCCGGCCCCUGGCCCUAGUGCCCCUCCGGCCUUUGCCUCCCUCUUUCCCCCGGGACUGCACGCCAUCUACGGAGAGUGCCGCCGCCUUUACCCCGACCAGCCGAACCCGCUCCAGGUCACCGCUAUCGUCAAGUACUGGUUGGGUGGUCCAGACCCGUUGGAUUAUGUUAGCAUGUACAGGAAUAUGGGGAGUCCUUCUGCCAACAUCCCUGAGCAUUGGCACUACAUCAGCUUUGGCCUGAGCGAUCUCUAUGGUGACAGCAGAGUUCAUGAGUUUACAGGAACAGACGGACCAAGUGGUUUUGGCUUUGAAUUGACAUUUCGUCUGAAGAGAGAAACUGGAGAGUCUGCCCCACCAACAUGGCCAGCGGAGCUGAUGCAGGGCCUGGCUCGAUAUGUCUUCCAGUCAGAGAACACUUUCUGUAGCGGGGACCACGUGUCUUGGCAUAGCCCUUUGGACAACAGUGAGUCGAGAAUUCAGCACAUGCUGCUGACGGAGGACCCGCAGAUGCAGCCUGUGCAGACCCCGUUCGGGGUGGUUACCUUCCUCCAGAUUGUCGGUGUCUGCACUGAGGAGCUACACUCAGCCCAGCAGUGGAAUGGGCAGGGCAUCCUGGAACUGCUGAGAACGGUGCCCGUUGCUGGCGGUCCCUGGCUGAUAACUGACAUGCGGAGGGGAGAAACCAUAUUUGAGAUCGAUCCGCACCUGCAACAGGAGAGAGUUGACAAAGGCAUCGAGACAGAUGGUUCUAACCUGAGCGGUGUUAGUGCCAAGUGUGCCUGGGAUGACCUAAGCCGACCUCCUGAGGACGAUGAGGAUAGCCGGAGCAUCUGCAUCGGCACACAACCCCGGAGGCUCUCUGGCAAAGAUACAGAACAGAUCCGGGAGACCCUGAGGCGAGGACUCGAGAUCAACAGCAAACCUGUCCUUCCACCAAUCAACCCUCAGCGACAUAAUGGCCUCACCCACGACCGCCCCCCGAGCCGCAAAGACAGCUUAGAAAGUGACAGCUCCACGGCCGUUAUCCCCCACGAGCUGAUCCGUACCCGGCAACUCGAGAGCGUACAUCUGAAAUUUAACCAGGAAUCAGGGGCCCUCAUUCCUCUCUGCCUAAGGGGCAGACUCCUGCAUGGCCGGCACUUCACCUACAAGAGUAUCACAGGUGACAUGGCCAUCACGUUUGUGUCCACGGGAGUGGAAGGCGCCUUUGCCACUGAGGAGCAUCCUUACGCAGCUCAUGGACCCUGGUUACAAAUUCUGUUGACGGAAGAAUUUGUAGAGAAAAUGUUGGAGGACUUGGAAGAUCUGACUUCCCCGGAGGAAUUUAAACUUCCAAAAGAGUACAGCUGGCCUGAAAAGAAGCUCAAAGUCUCCAUCCUCCCUGACGUGGUGUUCGACAGCCCACUGCACUAGCCUGGGCUAGGCCCCAUGGGGGCCAACCCAGUGACUUCGGUGUGACAGCAGUGUAAAGGAGACUCGCGUGAAUAAAAGGACAAGGGUGAGGAUGACUGCCAAGUGCUGCACCCACCACAGGCCCCACCUCACCUCCAGCUCAGGGGCCUCACUCCCAGCUACCAAGUCCGUAUGACCAGGCCCCUGUCCUGCAUGCCAGUGAGUGAGGCUGCAGCUGUAAAGGUCCUCACCCACCUGCUGCUGCCACAGGUUUGACUGAUGUGCUCCGGGGAAGGACAUCCUUGUCACACAGCCAGGUGUGCAGAGCACACGUGUGGACACACUGCCCAGUUCUACCCCAGCGAGCCUUCGCGCGGUCAGGCUGCUCCUGCCUGUGGAACAAUUGCUCCUUCACGAUUGUUUUUGCCUUCCUUAGUCUGUUGUGGAAACCGGAUGGUAUUUUUAUUGCUCAGCAGAGAUGGCCCAGAAGCCAUGUACAUAGAGGUUUUUUUUUAAACAGGACUUCAUUCCUAGAUGAACUUCAUCAUUCUCUUAGACAGGGGUCUGGGGGCUCUGCCUCCCCCACACCAUCUGUCCAAGAAGGUGCCUGGUGCUGCCUGUCAGCUCUGAGCCCUGGAGGAACCUGGGAUAGGGAACAACUGACACACUUUCUAUGUAGCCCUGCCUGGGGCCAGAUAUGCCAUGGCCUAAAAGGGGUGCCACUGCCUUCCAAAUGAACUAGGCUCCUACAAGGCUGUGGGGACUUUAGGGACUCAAUGACAUGGGAUGAUGGUCCUAGCUAUGUCUUCCAGUCCUUUUGUACCCAGCCAGGCCUGCCAAGGAGAGGGUAGAGCCCAUUGCCUCCUCAUCCUACUCCUCAGGACCCCAGCUCUGAGUCCCCUGUCCCCUGCAUUCCCACCCCCUGGGCUGUGGGACUCUAGCUUAUUAAAAACUGAAGAAUCAGA